AUGAAAAGCGAAAAUUCAAACAAAUAUGAUACGUUGAAAAAUAUGGAAGUGGAUUCUGAAACUAUAAAUUCUUCAAAACAUUACCAUCAAAAUGGAAUAGAAGAACAAAAGACAUUAUAUAGUGGUGAAUGUAUUUUAAUAAAUAAUCUUACAAGAGAUAUAAAUGAAAAUAAAAUUAGUGAAAGUUUGAAUGAAGUAAAAAACGAGGAGCUGAUUGACAAAAAAAACUUCCAUUGCAUUUCAAGUAAUAUUAGCUCUAUUCCUACAGUAAUAAAAAAAAAUGUUAAUAUCAGUCACAUGGAAGGAGAAAUGUCAUAUAUUUACACAUUAGUUUCGUUUAAUAAUUAUAAUAUUUUUUUCAUUACACAUAAUGGGAAAUUUGCCUCAUGGGUAUAUUCAUACAAUGUUACAUUACCUUUUUCAGUAGAACAAGAAACUGAAAUAAUUUUUGGUGAAAGGAAUUACCCUUAUUUAGAAAUGUUUUGUUCGAAAUUUAUGAAAGACCAUGCUCCUUUAUUGAAGUACAAACCUAUUAUGUUUGCAAUAUCUCUUUAUAAAAUGUGUUUUCAUGACACAAAAAUUUUGACGCAAAUAUUUGCCAGCCUGAGCAAUAUGAUAAAAUAG